GUAAACGAAAAAGGGUAAGAAAAAUGAUCCGAGCUGAUUUCUGGCCAAUGAUCUCCUCGAUCUAGUCCCCGGCAGUUGUCACUGGAUCCGACCAUUCUAGUAAUUAUUCCAAAAUCUCACCUGCGCUCUCAAAGACGUCAAAGUUUUCCGACUUCUUCUUGGGUGUUGGUGUCUUUUAUUUGUUUGUUAAUAGUUGUAUAGUCGCCAUCACAUCAAGCAAUGGCUUUAGGUGGCUUAGACUUUACAGGCUUUGUGGCUGUUGAACCAAAGUCGGAUUGCCCACAUGUUCAAGUAAGCUACUUUAAUUUUUAUUUUAAGUACAAAAAUGAAGGACAUAACAUCCUUGUCAAACUACAGAGUUUUAAAAGCGUGUACUCCUGCAUGUUUUCUCAGCUGCUAAUGCAGUUUUUAUUUUUCAUCUUUCUUGUUCCAUUUUUAAUGUAGUUUUUUAAUAACAACACCACUGUUUUCUAAACAACGUUUUUAUAGACAAGAUCUAGAAAAGCUUGCUGUUGAAGCGUAAAAUUUUAUUUCAGUUGCGGAAGGCCUAGAAAAGUGCUCUUGUUGAAGUAAGCUUAAUAAAAGCAGUUUGUUUUCAAUCUUGCUUGCUCCACAGCAAAGUCUUGGAACUCUAAUCUUGAUCUAUAAGCGCUGAUCUAUUCCUAGUUGUAAAUUGUUUAAUUUGUUUACCAAAUGUCCCACCCUGACAACGAACGAUGGAGAGCAGCUGUUUAGCCUCCCAUGUGGGUGUUUUUAGGGGAGCUCGUCUUUCAUCCCUCCCCACAAACGCCUGCUCAACUGAAAAAAAAAUACGAGCAAAAUACGAGCUCCCCUAAAAACGCCUGCGUGGGAGGCUAGCAGCUGUUUUGAGUCUCUAAAUUCCUUUUUUACUGACAUGGGGCUGGUGAGGAGACAACGCCUUAUACAUGUAUUGAAGGAGGUCCUCUUAGAGGAAGGGAGUGGGGGGUAUGUUUAUUCAAAGAUGGUCGUUUCACAUUUUGAGAAAUAAGUAAUGUCCUUGUUGGUAUUUAAUCCAUCUUUAUGUCAUUUGUCACCAUCUCAUCUAAUCUUAUGUUGCUGUUUCGAGGCUUUGUCGCUUGUCAGACUUUUACCAUAACCUGCUGGUCUUUGUCAGUUACACAAAUCCUAAUAUUCUCAGGACCUAUUUUAAUGGCUUGUUUCAACAUUCAAGAUGUCAUGAUACUGGGAUGGCUCUAAAGUUUCAUGGCAAUUUCAACUUGCUCUUGAUGGCAAUUUUGAUUUUACCCACAACAAUUUCACCUUUGCCCGCAGCCGCAAUUUCGGUUUUGGCCACGGAAAUUUUCACUUUUCCCAAAUGCUAUUCACAAAUUCAACUGGCAUCAAGUUUUAGUGCACAAAAGUUCUGUAAAUUCACUGACAUGGCAGCCUUUUCCAAGAGCAAAGUUGAAAUUACCAUGAGCAAAAUUGAAAAUUAAAGUACAUGUUAUUUGUCAACAUUUCUUGAAAGUAAGUGUUUACAAACGUUCAUGUUGCUAGUCAUCUAGAGAUUGUAGGCUAGUAAUCCUGGGUUCAUUGCCUGGGCACCAAGUUACCCUGCAUGCUAACUAAUUAUUUUUGAAUCAACAGAAAUUUGUGUCCAUUUCUCUCUGUGCCAAAAGGCAUUAUGCAUCAUAGGCCUUAUAAUAAUUAUAUUUUAUGUUUAUUCGUUUCUUUCAACAGUCAUUAUCAAACACAGCUUCAUUGCACAUUGACUUGAUGAAACCUUGUGGAUCAUGCGAAAAUGUUGGGGAAAAUUGGUUGUGCCUUAUGUGCUCAGUGGUGUUUUGCAGUCGUUAUGUGAAAAGUCAUAUGGUGGAACACAAUUCAAAGGAACCAAGCCACAUGUUGGCUUUAAGCUUUAUGGACCUUAGUGUGUGGUGUUAUGACUGUGACUCGUGUAAGUUUAUCCUUUUGUUGUACACCUGAAAGACUACUCUCAUCAGCAGGAUAUGCGUACAUAUCAUUGCAAGAAAGGGUCUUGAAUGAAGCCCUGACCUUACAUAAUUGUGGGAGUAAACCUGAAAAAUUGUACCCAUUUUAAAGCAAUGAGAGUUUCUUGUUUUUCCAAGGAGACCUCUUAAACAAGCCUUGCUUAGGAUUAGACAAACUGCUGUGUGUGAAGAAGUCAUUUAUUAAGUUUUCAGCGGGGAUUAAGAUGUGCUCUUCAUUAGAUCUAUACACAAUUCAAGGAACCCUCUCAGGGGUUCAAGCUGUAGAUGGCUCCUUUUCUGCCAAAGUGUGGUCUCUUAACCUCUCUACUCUUUGUUACAGCUAUACAGGUUUACUAAACUGUACCAUGUACCAGUAUACUCCUUCUGCAAGCACACAGGACAUAAGUGGCUAGGGAGGAAAAUGUGCUUUCCUUUAAUUGAUAUACAUUUUUGAUUGUCCUUUUUCAGAUGUUUCAUCACCACAACUUCAGCCUAUUGUAAAAGCUGCUGAACUGGCUAAAGAAACCAAGUGAAUUCUAAGCCACAACCACAGUGCUUGUAGCGCAAAAGCAAGUUGCUCAGAUUACUGAGUUAGUGAAGAAAAUGGAUCACAGGAAAUGACUGUUAUGUAGCUUGCAAUAUAAAACUGUAUUUUUAAAAAUUAUUAAAUAAGUUAUUUUCCAAGUUUUACAAAGU